GCCCCCAACCCACUAGACCCCGUGUCACUCUCUGUGGGGGCCGAGACGUGUCUCGCCCGCAACAAUACCAGGACGUCGGGAACUGAAAUCUAGCAGGACGUGUCUACAAACCACAACAAAAGCCCAUCUUGUGCAGGGAGCUUAUACCUAGCUUCUUAGCUAUGCCGCUGACAGCUGCUGCUCCUUCUAACAAGAGGAAGAAGGCCAACAAGAUCAUCACAGACUUGUCCAACAUCAGCCAGAAUGACGAGGAGUCCGACACGGAGGUCUCGGAGCUGGACCUGGGCACCAAGAUCAAGACCCCCAAAGACGUGAUGCUGGAGGAGCUGUCCCUGCUGUCCAACAGAGGCUCCAAGAUGUUCAGGAUGAGGCAGCAGCGCGUGGACAAGUUCAUCGUGACCAACGAGAACAUGCAGAACCUGGAGAACCUGCUCAUGUCCCCGCCGCCCCGGCCUGAGGUGGCGAAGGAAGAAGUGGUGGCGGAGAAGGUGGAGGAGGAGGCGGUGGACCCGUGGGCCGAGAAGCAGAGGAGGAGGAGGGAGUACGUGCGCACCUACGUGUCGCCAUGGGAACGGGCCAUGAGGGGCGACGAGGAGCUGACGGCCACCAUGAGAGCCCACAUGCCGGGACCCGUCCGGGGCUGUGCGGACCUCCAGCAGUACAAGAGCUUCAACAGGACGGCGCUUCCCUUCGGCGGCGUAGAGAAGAACCCCAAGAUGGCCUUCCAGCUGCCCGACAUCAACGCGGCCGCCCGGGAGCCCGAGUCCCAGUCCUCCCUGCAGGCCGACCUGCGCUCACGGCCCUCCUUCAACCGCACGCCCAUCGGCUGGGUGUGCAGUGAGGACAACACCCUCAUCCACUUGGAACUGGACAUCCCCUUCCACGGGGAGACUGACGACCUUUGAGCGCACUCAUACUGACUAGUACACUCAUACUAGGUAGUACACUCAUACUAGGUCAAAUACACUCAUACUAAGUAGUACACUCAUACUAAGUAGUACACUCAUAAUAAGUAGUACACUCAUACUAAGUAGUACACUCACACUAAGUAGUACACUCACACUAAGUAGUAAUACAGUCAUACUAAAUGGUACACUCAUACUAAGUAGUACACACAUACUAAGUAGUACACUCAUAAUAAGUAGUACACUCAUACUAAGUAGUAAUACAGUCAUACUAAAUGGUACACUCAUACUAAGUAGUACACACAUACUAAGUAGUACACUCAUAAUAAGUAGUACACUCAUACUAAGUAGUACACUCAUACUAAGUAGUACACUCACACUAAGUAGUAAUACAGUCAUACUAAAUGGUACACUCAUACUAAGUAGUACACACAUACUAAGUAGUACACUCAUAAUAAGUAGUACACUCAUACUAAGUAGUACACUCAUACUAAGUAGUACACACAUAUUAAGUAGUACACUCCUACUAAGUAGUACACACUUGCAUACUUGCUAGGACACUUAGGUCCAUGCAGCCUAUCUCCUAUUUAUUGCUGCCUCACACAACCAGAGUUGUCAACUAGCAUCCUGCUAUAAACACUGCAACAAAUGUGUUGUUAAAAGCUUGAAAUGAGCAUUUCUGGGAUUUUGCAUGGCUAACAUGCUAAAGUGUGACAGGAUUAAAACAAUGUAUUUAUGCAAUAAAGUACACUUUUUUUGUGUUUGAA